UCGCGGCCCCUGCCAGCCCUUUCACGACCAUUGAUGCCCCCAACACCUUCAAUUGAAAGGUAACAACCAUCCAGUGCGUAAAUCCAUCCUUCGAGACCUAAACAGGGGGAACAUUGUCUCAAACGAAAUUGUACCAGUUGCAACAGCCGCAAGUGCACGCACCCUCGGCCGCGACACGACUGACGUCAGCACCAGCGCCAUUACCGGCAACUGAUGGAUUCUCCAGCGCCCUUUCCGCCCAUGUUCCGAAUGUCUUCCCAACAACGUACCUCAGGGGCAGCACGCUCACCGGAGGAUCUAUCACCGACAUUUGGGCUACCGCCGAGCGAAGGAAACCCAUGGCCCUCUUCGCGACAUCGGCUCUCUUCGGAACAGGAAUUGGUCUUGUUUUCGCCAGGUGGAUUGAACAAAACCCUUCGCUGGGGUGGCGGUGGAUUCAUUGGACACAGGCCAUCUACUCUGGCGUGCUCCUCGUCCUUUUGGCACUGCUGCCCGAAACAAGAGUCUCUGUCCUGCUCACAAGACGAGCAAACGCCGUUCGCAAAAAGACUGGUAAUGACUGCUACCGAGCUCGAGGCGAGCGGGAGAAUUGAUUCAUUCUUGUCAUGCUCAAUGUGUCACUGCAUACAGCUCGUUACUGCGCUUCAUGGAUUCACGCCGGAUCAGACCGGCCUUUUCUUGUCCAUCCGCCUAGGGGCGCUGGUCGGACAGAUGAUUAAUCCUCUGCAAGAGAAACUAUACCUGCGGCAAUUCCCAACCAAAGCUCCCGAGGCGAGGCUAUAUCGCGCCUGUGUCGGGGCGCUUCUUGUCCCAAUCGGGUGCUUCGUCUGUGGGUGGACCUCUUUCUCCUCGGCAAGCAUUGCAGGUCCGCUCGUCGGCAUCGUCAUGACCACCACUGGUAUCGACCACAUCUACCUCCGCGUACUCAACUCCCUCGUCGACUCGUAUCUCGUCUACACAUCCUCGGCCCUUGCAGGGCAGUCUCUUCUGCACGAACUACUCGGCAGCGUCUGCCCUUUGUUUGUGGAGGCAAUGUACAGAAGGCUGACGUAUCCCUGGGCGUCCUCCCUCGCCGGCUUUAUUGGCUUUCUCUUUUCUCUCAUCCCAUUUGUCCUCAUCUUAAACAGUCCACGUAUUCGUGCUAGGUCGCGCUUGUCACAGAAAGUUCAGCGGGAGGGGGAAAGAGAGCGGACAUGAAAUGUUGUGGCUGAUCAGACUCUAUCAUGCAUACAAUGUACGAUACACCCAGCCUCGAAACUCGGAUGGCAUCACGCAUUGCCCAUGUUCGCAAUCUUCUCCUUCUCCGCCUGACUGAGUAGGGCUCCAUACCGG